AUGAACAGGUCCAAUCAGACCACCACCGUGGUGGGGUUCAUUCUGCUGGGCCUCUCCGCCCACCCAAGGCUGGAGAAAACGUUCUUUGUGCUCAUCCUGCUGAUGUACCUGAUGGUCCUGCUGGGCAAUGGGGUCCUGAUCCUGGUGACCCUCCUUGACUCCCGCCUGCACACACCCAUGUACUUCUUCUUGGGGAACCUCUCCUUCCUGGACAUCUGCUACACCACCUCCUCAGUCCCCCUCAUCCUUGACAGCUUCCUGACCCCCAAGAAAACCAUCUCAUUCUCAGCCUGUGCUGUGCAGAUGUUCCUCUCUUUUGCCAUGGGGGCCACAGAGUGUGUGCUCCUGAGCACAAUGGCAUUUGAUCGCUAUGUGGCCAUCUGCAGCCCCCUGAGGUACCCCAUGGUCAUGAGUAAGGCUGCUUACGUGCCCAUGGCUGCCGGCUCCUGGGCAGCUGGUAUCACCAACUCAGUAGUUCAGACAUCCCAGGCCAUGAGGCUGCCCUUCUGUGGGGACAACACCAUCAACCACUUCACCUGUGAGAUUCUGGCUGUCCUGAAGUUGGCCUGUGCUGACAUCUCCAUCAAUGUGAUCAGCAUGGUUGUGGCUAAUGUGAUCUUUCUUGCAAUCCCUGUCCUGUUCAUUUUCAUCUCCUAUGUGUUUAUCAUGGCUGCCAUCCUGAGGAUCCCCUCGGCCGAGGGGAGGAAAAAGGCCUUCUCCACCUGCUCUGCCCACCUCACAGUCGUGGUCGUCUUCUAUGGGACCAUCCUGUUCAUGUAUGGGAAACCCAAGUCCAAGGACCCACUGGGAGCAGACAAACAGGACCUUUCAGACAAACUCAUCUCCCUCUUCUAUGGGGUGGUGACCCCCAUGCUCAACCCCAUCAUCUACAGCCUGAGGAACAAGGACGUGAAGGCUGCUGUGAGGAACCUGAUUCUUCAGAAACAUCUCACUAAGUGA